AUGACUACACUACGGGAAAGCUCCCGAUUAGCUCGGGCUAUCUGCAGGCAGCGCUCGUCAUGGCAAUUGACUCCUCUUGUCGCCCAGCGAUGCGCCUCAACCGACGCUGGCAAGGCCACUCCUGAUCUGGCCGACCUAGAGCCCAGCUCGUUCAAGGUUCCAGGACCGGACGAUGCCACUGUGAAGGCUUUCAACACAGCGAAGCGUGUCUCGGAUAGACCACAGCAGCUUCCAGGAAACAGAUACCAAUACCACCCCCCCAAGUUCGACCGCGGCCCGCUGCACCCCAUUCAAUCACCAGCCUCCACCGAUCCCACGGCGCGAGACUUCGUUCCCGGUCCUUUCAACCUGCCCCGACUGCGCCAGACCUACGAGUCAACAGUCGCGGCCGAUCUAUUGACCAUGACCUACCUUCACAAGCCCCCCGGAACCCCAGACCGUCCCGUGCGUGAGCGUUUACGUGAGUGGGACGAUUCUUCGCCGUACAACAUCAACCGUCCUCGUCGCGGACCCAGAGGUGGAAGCAAGCUCGACCUGUUGGAGAAGAACAUCGACUGGCGCAACAUCCCCCAGAUCAAGGCGGUCUCUCUGCACGCCUUCAUGCCCAUAAACAGCAAGACACCCGGAACCCUCAACGUUGCGCGGUCCGUCCUACAGUCCAUCAGCGGCAACAGCACCGAGAUCACCAAGAUCAAGACGAACGUUGUGCAGUGGAAGAUUCGCGAGGGCGACAAGGCCGGUGUCAAGACCACCAUCUACGGUAACCAGGCCCACGAGUUCCUUGACAAGCUCAUCACCCUCGUCCUGCCUAAGAUCAAGGACUGGCCCGGUGUUGACGCGAGCACGGGUGAUGGCAACGGUAACCUGGCCAUCGGCUUGAAGCCUGAUGACCUGGCUUGGUUCCCCGAGCUCCAGAUCAACUACGACAUGUACCCAGCCAGGCUCCUCCCAGGUUGCCAUAUUUACAUCCAGACAACCGCCACGUCGAACCGUCAAGCUAGACUAUUGCUCCAAGCUCUUGGACUCCCCUUCUACGGAAAGUUCAGGGAUUAA